UGUCUUUUAAGUGAUUUUUUUGGUCAUUUUUCAAGUAGAAAACAGAAGCAGAAGUUUUGUACAGUCUCAAAGUAAAGUUCUCUCUUUACUUUUCACCAUUUUCACCAGUCUUUUAUAACAUGUUUUAGUAUAAUUUGUGCAAAAUUCAAAUUGAAGUCUUUGUUUUAAUAGGAAUACUAGAUGCUGCUUUAUAGAUUUUCCUUGCAGUGUAUGUCAUGUUUUGCAUAAAAUGUGAGAAAGACAAGUGGAAUUUGACUGAGCCAUUUUGAUAAGAGAUUAUCAUGUUUUUACAACCGAGACACAUCUGAGGAAUUAUUUAAGUAAUAUUUAACCCGUUCACGUGUACAUUCAGGAUGUUCUGAGCCGGUGAAUGUCUGGGUGUUUUUUGGGAAUACAUGUGUGUUACUUUUGGAAAUAUCUACCAACUCUACCUUAUAAAAAAACAGCAAGGUUGUAGGGCAGACUAUGAGUGUUUGUAUAAUUUUUUAGACUUGGCUUUACUGCAUUUAGGUAGAAAUACGGUGUUCCAGGAUACUACAAUACAGUGCCAAAUCCCAGGUUUAUAUCAAUAUACUGUAGAAAGAACUGUGUAGGAAAUGUGAAGCUUUCAACACAUAGAGCCCAGAGUUUAGUGGUUUAAAAGAGGACAAGUACACAGAAAUAUUGAUCGUCUAUAAGAUUUCGUGGAAAAUCAUUUGGAGUCUGAAUGUCUGGAGUCUUCAACACAAACAUGUUCCUUGUUGAUGCUCUCACAGGGAUUCUACCGCAAACACAUUCAGCGGUUGUUGUUUGGUCUUCAGCUCAGUCAGACUGAGAUCAGCUGACUAAAAUAUUAGACCUCUUCAACCUGAGAAGCUCUUUUCUUACUUUGAUAGUACAAUUUUAACCACUCAGAUAGAGGUUUAUUCAUCUUUUAUAGCUCCAUGGUGCUUUGUUGCAGAAAUUAAUGGUUUCUUUCUAUAAGUUUUUGGAAACUGUAGGACUUUCUAUUCUGUCAUUUACUGUAAACAUGUGCAGUUACUUUUUAACCCCUUAACUUUGCACCAAAUCAUCUAUGCAACUCUUGCAGUGCUGAUGUAAACUUAAUCGACUAAAAGCUGAGGUUUGGCAAUUUGAUGUAGUAUAUAGAGUUUUAUUUCAAAUUGCAUGUGAUAAAGAACGGUCUGUGGAACCAAAAAAAUGUAUAAUUGUUCACUUAUAGUCUUGAUUAUGUGUAUUCUUCCCCCAAAGCCCCCCCCAAAACUUUUAUACACUUUGUUGAAAUUGUCAAAUUUUACUUGAUUUACUUUUUUCUGCAUGAUUGAAACCAACUGAGGACGAUUCUGUGCUUCAUCCUGACUUAAAAGUGUCAUUCUCGUCAUUACCAUUCAUUUUCCCAAACUCAUACAUCUUCACUGACAGAGGCUUGUGACUGUAAAUGCCAACUUAGGCAGAGAUCUUUUUGAGUCAUAUAAUAUUUUUAUAGUAUUUUUAAGUAUGUGAUCAGAUGAAAGAGAGAAGCAAAUCCCACUUUUAUAGACCAGUCACCUACAGGUUGACUAACAUGACUAAUGAACUGAUUAUUUCAGCAGUGAUUGUUUUGAUUAAAAGUAGAGCUAAAUAUAUCACAUAUUAGCUGCUCACUCCUGUUAGUCACCAAAUACUGUGGUUAGUUAACAAGAAGAAAUCAUGUAUUGCAAAUAAUAAUGUUGUUUGAACUUUUAGCAUGUCUAUAAAACCACCCCAAAUAUCCCGUGGUCCUCACAUGUAUAUACACAGAUCUGGUAUGACAUUACAACCACCUGCUUAAUAUUGUGUUGGUCUCCUUCAUGCUGUUAAAACCCCUCUGACCCAGUGGGACAUGGACACAGGACCUCUGUGGAUGUCCUGUGGUAGUAAAUUCUGUGGGUCCUGUGGGUAGCAGGGUGGGUUCUACCUAGAUCAGGCUUAUCCUGGCACAUCCCAGAGAUGCUCAAUGAGAUUUGUAUGUGGGGAGUGUGGAACCCUGGUGAACAGAUUCAAGAUUCAAAAACUUUAUUGUCAUACACGCAGCAGAAACACAGUGGUUAGUGAUGAAAUUCUUAUUUUGCAAACUCCCUUCACACAACUGAAACAAAUACAAUGGAAUAAGAUAAAAAUGAAAUAAUAAGAUAUAAUAAUGAUAAAAUAAAAUAAAUUGUUACAAAUAAAUUCUGUGUGCAAAUGUUGACAAUAUUGCAAUAUAUCAUAUGUAAACAGUCAAGGGAUGUGUGCGAAAUAUUGCUUCUAGUUAUUGCUGGUGAGUCAGUGAUUUAGUAGCCUGAUGGUCUGUGGAUAAAAACAGUUUUUUAGUCUGGUGGUCCUUGCUUUCACACUCAUGUAGCGUCUGCCAGACGGCAAUGUGUGCUGUGGAUGGGUGUGGUUCUUGGUGAUGUUGUGGGCUCAGUGGUGUAAAUGUCCUGUAGUGGGGGAAAGGCUGCUCCAUAGAUGAACUGUGCUGUCUUAAUGACACACUUACUUAACAGUUUAGCUCUGUCGUGUUCCCUGGGCCACUCCCGAGCAGUUUUUGUGGUGUGUUGGGGUGCAUUGUCCUGCUGAGGGUGGCAACUGGCAUCAAGAACUGCUGUUGCCAUGGCAGUGUGAGGGUUGCUUAACCUGCAAUGCUUAGGUGGGUAGUACAUGUCUGACAUCCACAUGAAUGUCAAGACUCAAGGUUUCCCAACAGAAUGUUGCAUUAUAACAAGAUGAUCGAUGUUCACUUCACCUGUCAGUAGUCGUAAUGUUGUGGCGGAUUGGUGUAUGUUCAUGUAUUUCAGAGGCCACAUGGAUGCAGAGCGUCAUGGUGGCUAUUAUAGACCUUGUGGCUCCCGUGGAGCUGAUUUCAUCUGCUGGAGAGCUAAAGAUGCCAUUUUCAGACGCCAUCAAAUACAGCAUUCUGGCCAUCUCAGUCACUCUCCUGCUGCUGGCGCUGGGCAUCCUGGCCUGGCAGAUCUUCAGAUGCUGCACACAGUCGCACAAUACGUACAACCAGCAAGACACAGUGAGCAGUAACCUGCUUUACACAGAUGAGAAGCCGACAACUGCAGGAAACUACUCAGGAGCUCCAAGUACUAAGGUGGAGGAUGUCAGCACUGAGGCCCGCAGACUGAGUCGAUGUUUGUCUCAGACGUCGUUUCCGUCCUCAGGAUCCAGCCAGAGAGACGAGGACAUGGGAGAACAGGAAAGCAUUAAAAAGGUUGAUGGAUCGCUUCGGUUCUCCGUCUACUACGACCGGCUGCAGUCUCGUCUUGUGGUCACCGUGUUGCAGGUCGAGGGUCUUUUGCAGCUCAGCCAGACCUGCAGACUCCAGCCGUUUGUGAAACUACGACUCAUGUGGGCUGGAUCAGAGACAGUGGAGGUGGAGGGCUUUACAGAUGAGGAGGGUGAAGAGACGCUGCCUGUUCUGUGGACGGUGCUGCAGGAGUGGAGGACUCGCACUGUGAAAGGCAGCUGCAGCCCUUUAUAUGGAGACCAGUUCAGCUGUGUUCUGCAGGAGGACAAGCUUCAUCACGUCAACCUCAGAAUGGAGGUGAAGGACUUUGAUAAAUUCUCCAGACACACAGUGUUGGGGGAGGUGAGGCUUCCUCUCAGGCAGCUCAACAUCUUUUACCCUCUGGAGCUACAAGAGGAGCUGCAGAUACCCCAGAAGGAUCUUGUGGGAGAGGUGCUGCUGACGUUGAAGUUUCUUCCCACUUCUCAGAGGCUUGAGGUCGGCCUGCUGAAGGUCAGGACGGUCCUCACUGAGAUGUGCUCGGAUGCAGCCCUGUAUGCCAGGAUCAGCGUCCAGUGUAACCAGUGCAAGCUGAGGUACCAGAAAACCUCUGCAGUGGAUCGCUGCCUGGUGACCGUCUUCAAUCAGGUCCUCAUGUUCUCCCUGCCAGAGUCUCCUGUGGAGCAGUGCAAGAUUUUGGUCUCUGUGUAUGAGACUCACGCAGCUAGGAAAUCAGCCAAACGUCUGAUCGGACAGCUGAGUGUGGGGAAGGAGAGGAGCAACGAGGACGAGCACUGGACCUGGAUGAUGCGCUCAGUCCGCCAGCCAGUAGCAAAGUGGCACAGCCUGCUGAUCUGAGGUGCAGCUCAUGAACUUUGUCCACUACACGCUUGUAGUGAGGUCUUCAUGUGCCCGCCUAAACAACAAAUUCAACUGAAGCCUCAUGGUACUUGAUCUACUUGUUCACCCUCAUCUCUUCAAUUUCUGCUUUGAGGUCCAACCCUUAUCAUAUUGAAAGAGCUUUAAAGAUUAAAACUAGCACUCCCCACUUCUUACGUUUUGCACUUUGUGUACUCUCUUACUGAGUAAUUGUGUUUUUGUGUUACCGUUAAAUUUAUCUGUGUUCUUUUGUGCUUGUUUUAACUGUUCAUUCUGCAUUAUUAUAUCUUUCUGUUGCAAAUGAGUCAAUUCACUGAUUCUUUGUGACAAAGAAGAAACUUAUGGUUUAUAAGUUGGAGAGACCAAGUAAUACUUGUUUAGUGGGUAUGUGAAAAACAUUUCCUAAGGACAAGAGGCUGUACUGCGAAAAAGCAAAACCUAGCAUGACUCAAUCUUCAUGCCUCCUCUUUUUAACUUUAUCUACUUGUGGUAGUCGGUGGCAAUACUCAACUUUUCUAAAGUUGAGGAAUGCCCUGCUUACACUUACAUAGUUAAUGAUUACAUAUUCAGUUUCAGGUUGAAGCGAUUGUUUGGAUGCACCACACUGAUUUCAUGACAGGCCCAUGUGUCCAUCAGUCAGUUUAACAGUUUAUUUUGUUUGUGAAAACAGAGUAGCACUUCUUGAGUCAUAUAUGUGAAUUUUAUCCAUGACCAGCCAGUACCUGAACCAGUCACUGAGGACUGGAACUUGGUAUGAUGAUAACUAUUGUUGGUCUAUAAAAGCUGAGUACAUUUUUUUUUUAAAAAAUGAUGAAUUCCAAGACAGAAUCCAAAUGUUUAAUUUUUCAAAACUGAAUAAAUACUUACUGCUCAUGGA